CGGCAGCACGUGCCCGGCCCCGACACGGCCGCGGCCACCGCGAGGCUCUGGGCGCCCCGACGGGUUGUGCUAUUUCAGGCGGAACCAGCGAAGAUCUCCUCACUGCUCCAAACGCUCCCGGUACUUUGAAACCGACCAGAUACCAUGUUUUGAAGCCAUCAUAUUAUAGACAUAAACAGAGGAGGGCCACCAAAGUGUACAGCUGCGCCAAAGCUGGCAAAAACAUGGCAACGAGAAAGGUGCCACAAGACAGCUUUGCUGACCUACUCAAGAAUAAACUGCAGGAUCUAGCCAUCUUUCUAUUUUGUUACGAUACCCAUUUGCUGAUGCCGCAGACCCUCGGUCCUUGUGCUGGCUGCAGGGCACGCAGUGUGUGCAGGAGCACGGGCAAACACUGCCUCUGUGCGGACGGGCACAGGAUGCAGAGCACCUUCGGAGCACCUCAGCCUUAUCACACCAAGACGUACCUUACACAGCCUCACCACACGCACCUCUGUAAAUCUCCAGUAAUGGAGGAGACUGCAGAUUUUGCUUUCUCUUAUUUUUCAUAUUUCUUUACCCCUCUCUCCCCCCUUCCUCCCCGACAAAGGAAAUGGAUCCAAAAUAAGGUGCUGUAAAGUGACAUGCCAAGCUGUCAAAUGGUGACACUUGGGAUAAGUGAGACUUUUAAACGUCAGAAAUUCAGUUUUUAAUGGCGUGCUGGCAAUGUAGACCUAACACUUCAUCACAAGGAUGACACAUUCUAAAAGCUGUUUUAAAAUAAAUCAGAGUGGGGAAAUGCUCCUUCAGGAAGGGACUGCAUUUAAGCAGGUUUGAGGAAUGAGGGAACCGUGCAGCGGUUUCAUUCUUAAAUCGAGUCAGUGAGGUUUUCAGGAGGUUUUGGUGAGAAGGGACUGUAGUUCAUUGGAGGUGCCAUUCAAACCCACACAGUCAGGAGCUGUUUAAGCUCCUGAUUGUCACAACAUUCCUGUGACUUCAGUUACUUCUCAGCUCUCUCAGCCUCCAUCAACUCCUUGUCAUUCAAUUGGUAUUUAUCUUAUGUCUAAAAGCAGUUCAGUCUGGAAAACACCUCACAGCUGGCUCAUGUGCCACCCAGCCCCACUGGCACUCCCCAGGUGGUGAAUGGCCCCGCACUUACCACACCGUGGCUCCUGGGCUGCAGCCAGCAGAACGCACACCUGCCUCAGAGCUUCCCAACAGCGGGUGACCAGCCGGGGUUCUCCUCCUCCACCUGCAAAGACAAUGACAAAAGCCUUACUGCCAAGACCACAGGAGGGAUUACUACCACUAUUGCCUUGGACAUCAGGACAAUAACUCAGUAAUAACAAUGAAUGCAGAAGUAAAGUAAUCUAAUUUGUGGAAGAAAAAUGUGAGUCCAACAAUUGCCAAGAGAAAGAACAGAAGCAAUAGCUCAGGUUCAGCCCAAGUCCUCCAAAUCCCAAACACACAGCCAGGGCACCAGAGCAAUAGAAGAAGCCAAAAUGAGCCGGAAAAACAAAAGGAAUUUAAAGGAGAAAUUUGCCUUGAAGAACAGCUUGGUUAAAGAAGCCCUUUCAGAAUUCCUGGGAACUUUUAUACUGAUAGCACUUGGAUGUGGGUGUGUGGGGCAGGCCGUCCUCAGCCGAGGAGCCCACGGUGGGCCCAUGACAAUAUCGGUUGGUUUUGCCAUGGCAGUCACCAUAGCAGUGUAUGUGUCUGGUGGGGUUUCUGGUGGUCACAUAAACCCUGCCGUUUCAUUAGCCAUGUGUGUGACUGGAAGAUUAAAAUGGACCAAAUUACCAAUUUACAUAUUAGCACAACUCCUGGGAGCAUUUGUUGGAGCAGCGGCUGUCUUUGGGAUUUAUCAUGAUGCCUUUAUGGAGUAUAGCAAUGGAACACUUGAAGUCACAGGACCGUAUGCAACAGCACAUAUCUUUGCAACAUACCCAGCGCCAUAUCUAUCCCUCAUAAAUGGAUUUGCAGAUCAGGUGAUGUCAACAGCUGUUCUUCUUCUGGUUAUAUUUGCUAUUUUUGACAGCAGAAAUAACGGAGUACCAAAGGGCCUGGAGCCAGUUGUAGUAGGACUUCUUAUAAUCGUUCUUACUUGCUCCUUGGGAAUGAACAGUGGCUGUGCCAUGAAUCCAGCCAGGGACCUCGGUCCCAGGCUCUUCACAGCCAUUGCAGGAUGGGGAAUGGAAGUAUUCACGGCUGGAAAUAAUUGGUGGUGGGUCCCUAUAGUUGCACCUAUGCUGGGAGGAGUACUUGGAGCUCUUACCUAUAUAAUUUUUAUUGAAAUCCAUCACUCAGAUACUCAGCAAGGAGAAGAAAAUGAUGUAUAUGAUAAAUAUGAACUGACAAACAUGUAGUAAGAAAUUAAGAGUUUUCUCUCUUGUUUUGCUGUAUAGUUUUUAAUGCAAAUGAUUCUUUGGACCAUUUUGUAAAACCCGUCUCAAUUAGAAAUCCACACUUCAAAGCAGAAAAAUCUACAUAGAAAACAAGUUCAAAACCAACCUCUAUCCUUGAAACAUAAGGCUGACCACAUUCAAAUUUGGGAAUGAAAUUACUGGAGCAAGGCAUAAACUGUCAUUCUUUUCAUACAGUUUUCAGAGCAAGUUAUCUCCUACAUGGAAUUGUAGAGAGAUGAUGCACUGCCCUGUUAAUUCAACACAGAUGAUCUUAAUCAUGCUGCCUAAUUAACUGAAAACAGAUGAGAUUGUUAUGAAACUGCUUGCAAAAGUAGUUAAUUGGUUCAGUGCUAAAUUAAUAUCUAAGAGCACAUCUCACUUCGUAUAGCCAUUAUUUAAGAAUGGUUUUCUGAAAAGGUAGGAGCAAGAUCUGGAUUGCCUAAAUGUCAAGUGAAGUAGUUUUAAAUAACUUACUAAAUUUUUACGCAGCCACUGGUUGAACAGUAAAGAAUCAGCUCAUCAGUGAAGAGGCCUAGUAAUUCAGAACAUGAACACAAAAUCUGAAAAACUGUUACAGGAUCAACACCAAGUAGACAAAGCUGUACUUCUGCACAGGUUCUUCAUAGCAAUAACAUCCAGUUAUUUUUAACUAUUUACUUGACCUUUAUGUUACUUAAUAUUGAAAACUUAACCUAGAAUAUUAAUCUGAACCUCUCCUGCUGUGUUUCCUGGAUAAAUUUCAUUCUUGGGGAGAUGGGCCAGCAACAGAGGCUUAUACUACACAGAGGUUAGCACAAGGCCUAUGUCUGCCUAUGCUUUAAAGAGGUCUUCCGCUGCUGAUCUACAUGGGGGGAUUUAAUUUGCUUAGUGGGAGUGAUUUUUAUUUUGGUAGCAGUAAUGAAAAUUAGCAACUGGUCUCAGACCUACUCCUAUAUCUGAAUUCCCCAUAGAAGGUCAUCUCCACAUCAGAAUUCUGAAGCACAGGUUCUGUCUUGCUAAACAGAAGUGUCUGGACAGACACUUAACACUUCCUAAAUAUUUCGCUGAUUCUAUGUCAGGAUUAUGGUCAAGUUUGAACUUUGAAAAAUGAAAUUAUUUCUGCUUAAUCAUUGUGAAUUUAAUGUAUCCAGUACAUUCAGACUUCCUUUCUAACAUACACACAUACAUAUAUAUGCAUACAUGGUUGGUGGUGGUCAUGAAUAGAUAGACAUCCAAUUCCAUAAUGCUCCUGAACUAUUUUCAAGGCAAAACUCCAGGUUACCUGUUCAAUGCAUUCACUUUGGGCCCUAUUCCCUUUGGAUUUCUACAGGUCUGCUCCCUAGAAUUCCACACUCUUUUCUCAUUUCAUUCCUGAAGGAAGGAACCUUUCAUAUUGUCAGUAACAACAUGUGCACUUCAGUUAUGGAUCCACAGAAGUGAUUUGGAAAAACACUGUGGUCAGAAUCAGCAUCAGCAUUUGGGCAGGUCAAGCCUGUGUCACUGUAUGUCUUUAUGCUCUCUGAUAUGCCACACCAAAUUAAUGGCAGCAGAGGUAUAGAAUUAGCAGGUCAAGCAAAGCUUUGCUUACCACAACUCUUCAGUCAGAUGACGCUGUAUACUUGAGGGAGUAUAAUUCCAAAUUUAAUUAUGUUUGUGGAAGAAAACAUGCAGAACUGUAAUCAACUCGGGUUCAUCUGUCCUGUAUGAACUGCACUACAUAGAGCCAGAUGGUGUGUAGAAGCAAUUCAGAUCUGCUCCAAUGCAAACAGAACCACCUUUACCUCCUCCUUGCAGUGGGCACUCUCUUGCUUCUUGGUGGUGUCUGACAGCAGCAAUCUAGGUGGCUGCUGGCCAUCUGUUUCUGAGCAGUGUGUGCAAAGGUAGGAACAGCCUGAGGGCUGCCCUCAGAUCUGAAAGACACUUGCUCUUCCACUAAUGCCAACACCUUACAUUAAGUAGCUGUGCAGGAAAAAAAAUAGACAAAUGGAUAAUUACCCAGAAUAAACUGCCUACACUGUUCUUUAUCCAAGAUGGUAAUUGGGUUUUAUCAUGUACUCUUCUAGAAUUUUGCAUAGUCAGUAGGCUUUCUAUGCCUUACAAUAUUGCUUCCUUUAAUAUAGCGUGAAAAACACAGGGAAAAAAGAAGAAUACAGGUGAGAAAUAAGUAAGGGACAUUUUGUUUAUACAACGUACUGAGUGACCAGCCCACACUUGCUGCAUGUCUGUUGAUCAAGGUAUAUGACAUUCUCAUAAUUUUCUCAAAAUCCUUCUGAUCAGAAGAGGUUCUGCCUGUAAAUCAGCACGAAAUCUUGUUUAUCCUACUUACACCAUUCCCAUGCUAUGAAUUGCUAUAUAAAUUACAUCUACUUUUCUAAAAUUAUCAAUAUGCAAGUUGUAAGUGGCGACACACUGGUAUGACAGCACAGCAUAUCUAACAUAGGCUCCCAACUAGAUGUUGUCAAUUGUUUGCUUAAGAAAAUCAAUGAUAAAUCUAAAAAUGAGUAAGUUCAAAAAUUCUCUUGGUACCAGUACUGCAAUACAUGCUGUUAUCACAAAAGUUAGAAUUUUAUUCAGGAAGAAGGUACCAUCUACCAUAUCAGACCUACCUCAGAUGUGACAGUUUUCAUUUUUAACAGCACAAAUCCCUGCUUCAGGGACAAAACUCAGCUGAGUCUCAACUACAGAGCUGUGAUCUGAGUAUCUUCAUAACAAAAUGGGAACAAGAAUUAUCAUCUCAUACUCUAAGCUUCCACAGUUUAUCAAGAGUUUUGCGCAAAACAAAAAAUAGUAACUUGCAUAAACUAUGCAAUUUUCUAAUAUCAACUGAUAUUCAGUGGUCACAGUCAUACUGAAUUAAUAUAAUAGAGUUGGCAACAAGAAACAGAAUUUCCAGCUGUAAUAUAUCCUGGUUAAUGAAUUAAUAGUCAUCAGGCUUGAACAUAUUAAUGUUGGAAAAAAAAUUUUUAGAGCACUGCUCAAUUUUCCGUUUUUGUUUGUUCUUUUUGGGGCAAUAUGUUUGUUCUCUAGAGCUAAACUUAGUACUGAAGUAAUGUGGAGAGCAGUCUUGCAAAUAGUACUGGGCUAAAGGUUGGCUAAUGCAUGCUUUUUCUUAGAAGCUAGUGGAAUUAUUUGCAGUGGGAGGCAAUAUAGGUGUUUGGAGAAUCAAGCUCGGAGUACUGCGGAAACUGUAUUCUCUUGUAGUUUUGACUGUGGAUUUGGAUGAAUGUGUUGUUUAAAAUAAAUACAGUCAAUCCCUAAUAAGUGCAUUUCAGUACUAUUUUUAUUAAAACAAAACAAAGUAAAACAGCCCUCCCCUCUAGCACCUAAGGAUAUAUUAAGAAAGAAAUAGCUGCCUGUUACGACCUACAAUGUUUUACAGUCCUGUGCUGCAAGAACCCAUUGACUAACAAGCUGCAUUCCCAGAACGCAGAUCCCCCGUGGCAGAUUUUGCGGGUGAGAAGCAGUGCCAACAGAAAUGCUCACAAAUGAGUAAUGGCCACUUCGGGGCCAGAAGUUACCCGUGCAACGAUGAGAGGGCCAGGCCCCUUGCCUCUGGACCUUCUCCCGUUCCUGCCUGCAGCCUGCCUGCCGAUGCCUUCUGCCACAGCUUUCCCACCAGUCUAACAGCAGCCAGAGCCAAGGUGUGGCAGUUUACUUCUGUCCCACUUAAGAGGCUGCUUUUACGGCAUGCAUAAAUCACCUCAAAAUUUCUUCUGCACAGCUUACA